CAUCAGGUCGCGUUUGGUCCAUAAAAGUGAUCAUAUCAUUGACAUUCCAUUUCAUUCUGUCGGUUGUUUAAGUCUAGGGUAUGUGCUACUUUGUAGAAGUACAACUUGAAAAUGUCUGUAACCGAUAUAAUUCCUCUGGCAGACAAUCACGAGCGAUUCCAAGAUACUUUUUACAAUGCAUUCUAUAAGAUCGACCAGAAGGAGUUCCUUCUUGACAAAGUGAGUCAAUACUUCGACACCAAAGUGAUGAAGAUUCUGACUGAUGCCUUUGACCGUGAUGAAGAGUUCAGUCUCCUUAGUGUAGGAGUAGGAGAAGGUCCUCAUGAAUUUCACAUUUUGAAGAGUCUUCAAACAUUCUAUGCGUCCAUAAGCAGUGUUUCAGUGGAUCCGAAUGGGAGUAUGGUACGGACCUUCAUAGAUAGAGUGGCUUCACUGAAUGUCGAUAACAAACCUCCCAUUACCAUUCAGUCUGUUAAUGGCUCCCUGUCUGAGUUCAUGACGACCAGCACCUUGGCGAGACGCAAUAAGUACCAUCUCAUCACCUCCAUACACUCACUGUAUUAUACCGAUGAUCUUCAGACGACCGUCUCUCAGUUGACAUCAAUGAUGAAAGACAGUGGACUCAUCAUUAUAGUUUGUACGAAAGGGGACCUUAUUUCCAAAUCAUUCAGCAAAUUUGCAUUUUUAAGAGAAGCUAUUCCGUCAUACAUACCGCUAACUUCGACGCAUGUUAAAGAAUUAGCUGAAAGUAGAGGCUUGAAUGUCAUCGCAUUAGAUGUUAACAUGCAGUGGGACAUCACUGAAGUGUUUGACGACCGGUCUGAAUUUGGUAACAAACUCAUUGACUUCUUCACACAGACAGCUUAUUUUCGACAGACAGCGCCCUCUGAGGUGAUGGAUGAAUUGAUUGACUUCUGGCGUUCUAUUUCAACCGAGGAUGAAAAUGGGCGUAUCCUAUCGGUAGCUCAUGAUGAGAUACUUGUCAUCUCAAAAUAACUUGUAUAUCUACUUCAUGUAAUAUUUGUGAUAUGAUUAACUUUUGUUCAGAAAAAUAUGGUAUUUAUGACAAAGAACUAAAAUGGUUUUCUAACUAUAUUCCUGAAAGAAAACAACUUGUUUAUUCAAAAGGUAAAAGGUACUAUUUUUAUUAUAUAUAAUCGAUAUAUCAGAAGGUCUAAAUAAUCAUGUAUGUUCUACACACUACAAAUUCCAAGGAUUUAAAAUAAAUCGUGAUCGACUGUGAAUAGUGGCCAGCGGAAUUUUGAAUUUAUUUCAAAUCUAAAGGAUUAACUUUUUAAUCUCAAAAAAUUUAAAUCCAAAUCUUUUAGGUUUACAUAUAAAUCAACAAGGCUUAAAUCUAAGUCUUAUAUUCGGCUGGUCGCUAUUCACUGUUGAUCUGAAUUCAUUUUAAAUCCUUGGAAUUUAGAGUGUAUAUAUGCUGAUGCUGUACUCAUCUAUGUUACUGUGAUAAUAUAAAGAAUGUAACUCUAAAUUUACAAAAUAUGGUAAACACGCUAGAUAUUGGUAUAGGAGAAAUUGUUGUAAGAUAAAUGUUAGUAAAACGAAGACAGUGUUAAUCUAUACAAAGUCAACAGAAUAUUGAUUAUGGACUCGUAAAGCACUGUUCAUUCAAUCAGGUAUGUCAUUAUCCACGAACAUUUAAAAUGGAAUAAUUACUGAAGGCAUUUAUGCAACUCAACUGCUUACAAGAUUUACUACCUUCGGAAAUUAGCAAAAUUUUUUACCCCUGUCUUGAUUACAAUGUCACAGUCUAGGGCAACUGCCCCAACAUACAGACAGUACCCUUAUUGAGACUCCAAAUAAGAGCAGCUUAUCAUGUAACCGCUAGUUAUGACUAUGGUAACAAUUUAGGUCUCGACUUAUUGAACAUUGCUGGUAAACCCUCAACCCUAUAUGUGUCACAAUGUGUUCACGGUCUUGCUCCAUCCCGAUUAUAAAAUGAAAUAUAAAUGUACUUCGACAUGUUUGGUAUGGAUUAAAUAUUUGUACCACCAAAACCACAUAUUCAACUCUUUUGUCAAUCUUUUAAAUAUGCCGGUGCCAAAGUAUGGAACAAAUUACCCACAAAUUUCCAAAAUACUCAGUCCUUAGAUGUAUUUAGGUUUCUAUACAAAAUAUCUAAGUGUAAUAUGUCAAAAUCAUCCAAUCCUUAAACGUAUUGCAAUAUUUUCUGGAAUUUACAUUAUAUUUCAUCUAUGAUUAUUUACAAUUGUCAAACCCUACUUGUUUUGUUAUUGUUUAUAUGUUUGCUGUAAGGUUAUACUAUAUAUUCUUUUUUAACUUUAGGCCUGUUUAACUCUUCUACCGUUUUACUAACUGAAAGGCCUUCAAAAAUGUUUCCAUCUCUUUACGUCUUACCCUGUUUUAUAUGAAUUAUACCUUAUUAUUGUAAUUACCAUUUUACUAUGUUUUUAUACACGAGGACCAAGAUGCAAAACAGUAAUUAUAUAUCUGAUUUUGUGAACCUAUUUGAAUAUGUGUGACUUUGUUCUACUGAAUGCAAGAGCUUUCAUCAAUAGUAAUCUUUUGAAUGAUACACUGUAAAACUGUGGUGUUAAAACUGACACCAAUUGGUGUUAAUAGAGGACCACACCCUGAGGUG